CUUUGCUCGUUGAGUCCUUUCGAGCGCGAAGAACCCAAUUCGUUCGGUGGCAGCAGCAUGACAGGACCCCAAAAAACCGGCCGCGUUCUCGCCGUCGUCGUGUUCGUCAUUUGUGACCGUGAAUCAAUCAUCAAAUAAACACCGGGAGGAAUAAGAGUGAGAAUAGGGAGAGAAAAUAAAAACACACACCCAGUGUGUUGGUGUUGGAAGAAGAAGUGUUGGUGAAGGAGAUAAGAGCUAUAAGCAAAAAAUAAAAUCAGUUCGGACAACACAAGAGAGAGAAAAGGUGUGCGGUAAAAAGUAGAAAGUUUUUUUUUUCGCUUUCAGCUAAUGAUUAAGGUGAAAAUCUCUCGUAUGUAGAUUAGAUAAUAUCCGUAUUAAGAGAGAAAAAAAAUCAACCUUGCCGGAAUGCAAUAAAGGUAAAUUAGUGCUCGAUCUUUUUCCCGUAAAAGUGAUUGGUGGCAAUUAGGUGUAGCAUUAAGUUUUACGCAUAUCUAGAGGACGACAAGUCCCGUGCGCCGAUAGUGUGCUUUUAAGUGGUUAAUAUAAAUACAAAAUAUAUAAAUAUAAUCAAAGUAUAAGGUGUUUGGAAGGAGGCAAGAGGAAGCUCAAGAAGAAUAGAAAAUCGAAGAAAAGUGGUGAGAUUUACGGCAAUCGAUUUGCACGAUACGUGACUAAUGGCUUGAAUGAGCUCUCGCUUUUUUUUUUGUGUGUUGUUUCGACGUAUCUAUCUAUCUGCGCACACAAACAUACACACAACAGCACAUAGAAACACGUGUGCGUUCGUGUGUAUUUAUUUCCCGUGAAGAGUCAUUGCAUGAUGAUGCGCGACAACAGUAUGCGUGAGGUGAAGAAGAAACCGACCCAAACACACUGAGAGACAGUGGAAACUGUAAUAACAAAUCGUCACACACAUUAUAGCUGUUGUUGUUGUUAUUAUUAUUAUCAUCAUCAUCACUGGACUGGAAUCGACCCAGGAGACGAGCCCCGAGAGGAUUUGGAGGAGCAAUAGUGGAGAAAAAAAAAUUGCAACCUCCAAGUGGUGCCCACUUUACCGCUCCGCGAACAAUCGCGCCCAUCAAGAUGCAACAAGAUGCACUCGUCUUCGGUUCGGGUGCCAGUGGAACGCAGCAGACGAGCACGUCAACAACGACCUACGGGUUACAACUACGACAGCCACUACUACCACUACUACUACUCCAGCAAUCGCAGCUGUUGGUAGCACCGUUCUGCGGCAACUUCGGGCAGCCACCGAGGUGGUGGUCGCCGAAACGCGGGUGAAACGUCCCCUCGAAACUAGUGCUUGCAGUUGAGAUUAUAUUUUUUCGUUAACCGUGCAUUUUUUGUUUGUUUCGGAAACUAGUGCAGAUUUACCUCCCACACUUCCACCGGUACGGCAUCACGUGGCGUGUCUACUCAGUGAAGCAGUAGGAAGAAAAUUUUGUAUGCACCGGAAAAUUUCAAACUACUCCGCCGUUGAAAAAUAUUGAACCGGUGCUUUGGUGUAAUCCCUUGGCGGUGGUGAAGAGAAAUAGCUAGAUAGCAGGCUAAGAUCUGCACGUCUCGUUGAGCUUCAGAGCAAACAAUCAAACUUCCAGUGGGAAACAAGUUGUGCAAGUGCGCCGUGUAGAGUGAAAUAGGGAGGGAAAAAAAGUAUGAUAAUCAAGUCCGGGAAGAUUCACUUUCCGCUGCUGUAAUGUGUAGCACACGAUGGAGCAAUGAAACAUAGCAGCAGCAAGAAAAGUAGCAGCAGUAACAGGAAUCUGUACUUGUUCAGUACGGCAGCGGCAGCGGCGGCAGCAGCAGCCGCAGCAAAUAACUCAGGAUCGGCCGGAAUAACUUCUGGACCAGGAUCAUCCGGGCUGUCGUCCUCGUCGUUGUCAUCCUUGUCCUCCUCGUCGCUGCAGUCGACGGGAGGUAAAGGUGGCGAUUUGGAUAUGAACAAAUCGCAGAAACCAAGGCACGAUGAGCAGGAUAGCAGGAUGGAGCGCAGAGAACGCGACAAGCAGGCACGAGCACUGCAGCUACAGGCCGAACGUGACGCCGAACCAGCAGCACCGAUAUUUGCCGCUCCGGUUAAAGUGCUCAGUCCAUCCGACAUGGACAUGCAGAUUCAAUCGAAGCUCGGAAACUUCGAAUACGCCCGGAGACAUAUUCUGGACGCAACAUCUGGACAUAACGUGAUCGGGAUCUCGUCCAGUCCGGCCACCCCGCGGUCCAAUGCUCCUACGACGAUGCAGAUGCCAAAUAGCCUCACCAAUACCAUUAGCCCUCUGGUUGGCUCGGGGAUCUUUCCAACGCCGUCGACGACAACGAUGUCCUCGCAGCAACAGCAGCAGCAGCAGUACCAUCGAACGCUUCCGCCAAAAAACAAUAGCAAUAGCAACAGUAGUAGUAAUAAUAGCAACAGUGCCGUUGGUGCCAGUGUAAAUAGUACCGGUAGCAGCAACAGUAAUAGCAGUAAUGCCAACUUUGUGAAACCCACGGACAAUCGACCGAUCUACAAUGGGCGCUCGUCGUCCAGUCGACACUACGGGAUGUCGUCCGGCGGGACCGGCUCGGGAGCGUUCUCCAAAAAUGAGGUGCACUCGAAGGGACUUUCCUCGGGGUCAGCCUCGCUGAUGAAUGGCCGCACGACCGGUCCCGGAACGAUCGGUGACAAGUUACCCUCGCAGCAACUGCUAAACGGACGUCUGCCUCCUCAGGUGUCAAACGCAAAAAUGCCUCCUAGAGUAAACGAACCGUCGACGCCGUCGAAAACGUCCGGCAAUGUGGAGCAAAUUUUGAGCGAAGUGAAGCUGUUCGCCAUAGGGACGCCACUGACGGAGAUCGGGGCAACGCCCCGGAAGGAACUGGAGCCUUACAACCUGAACAACCCCAACAAAUUCAAGUACGCACCGAACCCGGUGAUGAUGAAGCCACCUUCCUUCAAAGCGCCAUUAAGCGCAAUACCUCCGAUGGUGAAACCGAUAAGUGCCCUCGAGGACGAACCGAACGGAUCGGACAGCGACGAAGGCGGUGGCUACAAGAAGAAACGCAACUCCAGUGAUACCUCAUCGAAUGACAGUGCGGACGAAUCGUCCAGUGAGGAUUCGAAUGUGGGCAAUAAGUCACCGGUGGCAACAACCGGCGGUGUUGCUAUCGCCGGUAACAAUGGAGCAGGUCCGGGCGGAGGACCCGGAGGAGGGGGAGCUGGGGGCGGAGGAGGAUCAGCGGGAAUUGGUGGUGUGGCGAGCAAUGCUACUGCCACUGGGAACAGGGAUUGGUCUUUGGUGAAUUUCCUACAGCCACAGGUGCCAAGCGAGACGGGUAGUGCGAACUCGCAAUCAGUGGGUGGAUUGAACAAUCCCGAUUUGAUGGGGUGUAACCAAAGUUUGAAUGAGCACGACGACAAUUCGAGUUCACCGCUAAUGCCUGGUUCGCCUCCGACGAUCAAGAAUGAACCACCGCCAAUUGAGGAUGAUCAUUUGUCGAACAGUAGCAGUAAUAACGAAGGGGUAUUUGUCAAGCAGGAACCGUAUCCGAGUGAGAACAGUACGUCUUCGCCGAGUGCCGGAGGAAUCCCAACGGCGACGCCUAGCUCGGCGCUGCCUGGCUUGAAUGGCGGAGGGUUGCAAGAUUUCAAUAAACUGGGUGAUAUUAAGAACGAUCUGGACCUAUCCAGUCCGGCGAAGAGCCCGGAGAAAAGUUCCGAGAAGGACUCAAACGACCAAGUGGAUAGUAUAGAUGAAAACGAGGUGAGCAGUGCGCUGCUGAAGGUGAAAGAGCUUCAAAAUAUACAACCUUUAUCGGGAAUUUCCGAUAUUGACGACAAUAAUGUUCAGCAGAGCACGCUUGGGUUGCUCAGCGCGGGAAGUGGAGGCGUCCCGAGAGUACCACAGAAAGUUAAACGAAAGCGGAAAGUUAACAAAACCUUCCAGGAUCGGGAACGAGACCAUCAAUCCAGCAGUAGUGACGACGAUGGUUUCGGCAGCUCUCAAAGGAGCAGAUCUCAAUCUUUCGAGAAGGACAAAAUCGGUAAGACACGGGGUCGACCAAGGAAGAAUCCCCCCACGACGGGUGGUUCCUCAAUUGUGGGCUCGUCCAGUGCUCGGCAAUCGGACGCCGACUCCGUAACUAGUAACAAUAGCAAAAGGAGAUUAUCGAUUUCCUCUACCAAAACGGUUGCUUCCACACCUAGCAAAAAGGAUGCUUCUAGUACGCCUGCCAAAAAGACUACAACGUCCCGGAAGCGACCUUCCAGGGCCAAUCAGAAAAUUACCAGCCGGGAAGUGCUUUCGACGACGGACGAUUCGGACGCGGAACAACCGAAGCGAGACCGGAAAGAAGAUGCCCCCGAAAGUUCCAAAUCCAGUCCGUCAAAGUCCGUGGUCAACAUGGUGCUACCGCAGAAACCGACAGGAGUUGACGAACUGUCUUCUGAUAGCAAUGCUGACAGAUUAAUGUCCCCACCGAGAAGGGCUACCAUCAUAUCGCCGCAAUUCCAACCAUCUUCCAUUUCGAAGGUGGUACCGAGGAAGACAUCCACGUCCACUUCGGCUUCCAUCGACGACGACGAUGACGAUGACGACGACGAUGACGAUAAUGUGGGAGCUAGGUCGGAUAGCUAUUCCGGUAGUGCUAGCGACGGAGCUGUCAAGAAAGAGAAGAAAAUCAACAAAAUCAAGAGCGAUCAGAAGAAGAAGGACACCCUCCGGAAGCUGUUCACCAUCAACUGUGGCUCCAAGAGCAAAAAUAGCAAACGCCAGGUGGUGGUCGAAGAGGUCCACCACUCGAAGGCUUCCUCCGUACAGACCACUGUGAACACCACUCCCAACUCCAAGAGUCAUCUGCUGAGCGUACCGCAGCCGUCGUCGGACGUUUCCCGUACAAUCACACCACCGCUGGCUCCAACGGUCAACGUCGUCGCGGCGAACGAGGCCCGUUCCACCCCAUCAUCGGCGUCAUCUUCGUCCUCCUCCGGUGUCGCCAUCGCCGCCGCCAUUGCGGAAAAAGUGCUUUUAUCACCCGCCAAUACUGCCUUAAACAACAUUUCCCUCAUCUGCCGGAUCGAUUUGAGUCGCCUGCUGAAAAUACCACCGCCGCCGCCAGCCAAACCAAACCAGCUGGCCAAGGCAAACGAAAGCUACAGUGCCCAGCGCAGUGCCUCGGCUCGACACAAGAGCAAAAGUCCCUACGAAAUCAACAAGAAACGGCGCAACUCGAUUGCCGGCCACUGCUUCGAAACGAGUGCCCAGCAGCGAAGGUCUUACGAGGACAAAUCUUCGUCUGGCCUCAGCUCCUAUAGACUGACCGAAGGGAUCGACCCAGCGAAGGUGGCCAGCGAUCCACUGUUGCUGGAAAAUGGUCGCCACCGAAGCAACAGCAACGCCAGCGAACAUCAAUCUCGGGAACGAUCCCGGGACUACCGGGACAUUGUGUCCCCAUCGUUACCACCUCAUCACCAUCACAACAAUCACAACUCGUCGGCUUCGUCCCUGUCCUCUUCGGGGUCGGGAUCGGGAUCGGCGCAGAAACAGUCAUCAUCUGCCAAGCAGCACCUCACGUAUGACGAAAAGUUACCCGCCAAAAGCGAAAAACUCCAGUACGGAGCCAGUAGUAGUAGUAGUAACAAUAGUAAUAACUAUCCAAUCAAGGAAGACAAUUCAGCAAUACUCUUUGGUGCUGGCGCUGGUGGCAGCAACAGUAGUAAACCACUCAACAUAAAGCACGAAAACCUUAUCAAACAGGAAUACCAGGACGGGGAAGAUAGCAAACUGUCGGCCGCUAGUUUGUCGAAGCUGCAGCAGCAAACGAUACCGGUGUCGUCAUCGUCAUCACAGCAGCAGCAGCAGCAGCAACAACAACAACAGCAACAGCAACCGCCGGAGAGCAAUAGCCGAAGAAAGCGCACAUCCAGUUCCAGCAGUAGCUCCUACAAGGAAAAACGACGGAAAAAGGACAAGACCAGUAGUAAUGCUCAGACUGAUGCCCUAGACCAAAUGCCUCCGACCAAUCACGAUCGGUUAGAAGCGGAUCAACCCCCCCAUCAUCUGCCAUCUGCUGCUGCCAACGCCACCGCCGCCGUUGUUACUUGUGCUACCACCACUAUCACACCUCACCCAAAAUCCGCUGGAGAUUCGCUAGGUACCGGGGACGUUGGUGGUGCCGCAACUACUACUGGUGGACCUAUCAUGGUGAAGAAAAUCUACGUAUCGUACUUUGAACGUUCCAACGAGGACGAACUGGAGGUUCGGGACCAAAAUCGUUACCUCUCGGAGGCGAAGCGGUUGAAGCACGCGGCGGAUCGGGAGGGUGACCACCUGGCGCAGGCCAUGCUCUACCUGGAGGCGGUGCUGUUCUUUCUGCUCACGGGCGAUACGAUGGAACGGGACCCGAUCACCGAGAAGGCCGCCUUUACCAUGUACAAAGAUACGCUCAGUUUGAUCAAGUACAUUUCGUCGAAGUUUCGUAGCCAGCAGCAGCAUCUCACCGUGCAGGGUAGCAUCCACAGUAAGGUGGCGAUAUUGAGCUUACGGUGUCAAUCGUUGAUCUAUCUAAAAUUGUACAAAAUGCGACGGCAUGACAUCAAGGACGUGCAGCGGAUCAUCGCAGAGUACAAUCAGAAGCCCAACCAACCGGUUUCGGCCGAUAUGGUCAACGGUAAUACACCUUCGCCACUGUCGCCGACCUCGGUGGGUUCGCAGAGUUCCGGUUACUGUUCGGGUCAAACCGUUCAAGCGGGUCCCAUUCCGGGUUCGUCGAUCAGUUCUUCCCCCUCACCGUGCUUGCUUAUGCCGGUUCACGUACAUAUGGCAUUCCAAAAGCAAGCAACACUGUUCAACUAUCUGCUCAACUGUCAGGACCUGUGGGAGCAAGCGGACAAUCUGGUUAUACGGGGGAAUCAUACAGAUUUUUUCAUCGACCUGGAUCACGACAAUGGCCCGAUGACGUUGCACAGCUCGCUGUACAAUGUGGUCAAGUACGUUCAGGCCGGUAUUCAGAAGCUCCGGCGAAUGUAAUUCACUGGGCACCGGAAAACGUAGAAUACAAAAGUCUGAUCAAAGAUGAAGAACUAGCAAACCAAUCACCACACAACAGUUUGGAUCCUAAUCGUGAAACCCAAAGGACUGAAAGCUAAAACAAAAUGAUAAAAAAAUCUCGUUAGAGAGGGGGCGCCGGCCGCUGCAUCCUGACCCGUAUGGUAGUGGUGAUGGUGGUGGCAGACGGUUGUUGCCGCCGUCAGUGACUGACAAUAAACGAACUUCCCCGCGGAGCUGAGAUCUUCCCUUAGCCAUAGGGAGGAAUUUCUCCGGGGGAGGGGGAUAAAUGGUGGUUUCCGGAAGAACGGUAACAACUUUUUUUUUUCUUGCAACGGAAGAAGCUGUGAUUUGUAAUGGUAGUGAAUCUGGAUGGACGGACGGACGGACGGAAGGAAGGACGAGCGAUGAUUGUGGCGGAGACAGAGCUAGGGCGGAGAUAUGCGGUGUUUGGUAUUGUAAGGAAAGGGAAAUACCUAUAGGUAACUUAGUGUUACAGUUUUCUUGUUUUUCGGUAUUUGGUGCUGUUUAAACUGAUGAGCCGUGUUGAUUAGAUGUUGGGACAGUGAAUUUUUGUAAAACCUCUAUCAAGCAGCAUGAUUCAUGUGAACAGACACGUACUAGUUGACUAGGGACGAGGAAGCAGCUUUCGAUUCAGUUGAUUUUUCUAUAUGAUAACUUUUGUUCUAUAUAUGCGUACUCAUUAUAUAAAUUUCAUCUUAUUAAAGAGUUCAUUUCACUUUAAAAGGGAAUGUGAUUUAAAACAAGAAAAACAUGUAGGGACGGGUGGGGAAAGAGUGCCACCUUAACAAUUGUACGCUAAAUAUUGGAUAUUUAUAGGAGUUUCUACACCAUAUUGCAACUUCAUAUUAUUGCCUUCAUACAUCAGCAAUGUACCUAAUGCAAACUAUAUCUCGUAAAAAGUUGUUCAGAAUUUUUUUUCAAAAUGUCAUCUCAAAUCUUUUUUUGAAUCUACAAUAGGGCAAGAGUGUCAACCCCUAUGGGGCAAAAGGGCCAUGCCAUGCGUCUUAAAUUGAGUCAAAUCGAUUAAUGCUUGUUUUAGUCUUUUGAUUAUUAAUCAUGCUAGAAAGAGCUGUUAUUGUUGACUCAAUUUAACUAUUAAAUUUUACAAUAUUACUCAAUACAUAACCAAUGAACUAUGUUUCCCGAUGGAAUCAAAUGAAAUCUAUUGUUGUUGAUAUUUUAUGUAGCUGGUUUUGUCAAAUUUGGUGAAAACUAGCUAACCAAAGACUUAAAUGGGCAAUGAAGCGAUUUCUUUUACAUUUUUGUAUAAUUUUCAUAAAUAUUAUAGAGGUGGCACUCUUUCCCCGUAUGAGGUUCAUUUUUAAUAAAAUAAUUUUUGACCAAUUAUAGAGAUUAUUUAUAUAUUCUUUGUUAUUGGUGUUUCAAUUAUUCAUUAUUAGUGAUGCCUCAAUGCUGGAAUUGUAGAAAACAAUAUUUGGAAAUUCCAAAAUACUUAUUUUAUGAUGUCUAAUUAUUAUAAGUAAUUUCGAUUUUUGACACAUCGGCACAAAAUGAUUUUUUGCAAUUUUUGUAAUACCUACUUCAUUUUGAACAAACCUUUCUAUAAUGCUGCAUAGGAACACCAUUCAUAGUUUCAUUGGUGAAUGAGCAUUGAAAACAUGUUUAUUUUCAAAAUUAUUGGGGGAGGCACUCUUGCCCCACCCGACCCUAUUGCCUUUUAACUUUUCUUGCGGGUACAUUUCUGAACCUACACUCAAAAAAUUUAUCACAUAUCUAAUGGAUGAAAACCAUGUGAAUUUCACAUAGCUUUCAUGUGAUCACAUAGCUAAAAAUCCCACCACAAAAUCACAUGAAUAUUAUGAGGCCGAUGGAAUUCAUACGAAAAAUCAUAUAAAAUUAAUGUGAUCGCAUAAAUUUUAUGUGAAAUUCGGAUGAAUUCCAUUAAUUUUGAUUAUGGAUGAAAAUCGUGAAAAUGUGCGUUUUCAAUGGAAGCUACAUGAAAAUUAUUUUCGGUGAUGGUAUGAGAUAUUAAUCGAAGACAACAAAUCAAGACUGGCAACUUUUCAAUUUUCUCAUAUGAACGCUAUGAGACAGGUACAAUCGCGUCAUCUGCCGCUCAAAGGUAAAUGCUUCGAACGAAUUGGAUAGCAAAGAUUGAUUUGUUGUCUUUGCAUUAAUUAAACACCUCGCAUACAAUUUAAGCGUAAGUGUCAUUUCUAAAUCGAGUAGGUAUGUACCUACAUUCUUCAUGCGUUGGCCGUGUUUCUUUCUCCAUCUCCGCCUUCAAUCAUUUAUUUGUUUGACAUGAACUUGAUGGGUAGGAGAACUAGGGGCUAGAAGUUUACCCUCACGAUAGUGCGUUGAUACACGCGAUUCCGUGAAUCAUUUAUGGGAGUUUGUGCACCGAAUUGUAAGUUUAUAACAUUGUCUUCAUGUAUCAUCAAUUAAAUUAAAAAAUGAACCCCCUCUAAACAUUGCUAAUGAUUUUUUUUCAAAAUCAAAUGUGGAACAAAAAGGCCAUAGAGAAGUUCCACGCCAAAUGACGAAUCGAUCAAACUCGACCUUCUCCGAUUUGCAUGAAACUUUGCAUAAUUGUUUGUUAUGGGCAAUCAUUCACAUUUGUGCUAAAAUUCGGUCAUUUUGAAUAUCCAGGGUGACCAUUUCACCGGUACUUUGUAAAAUCAUUUCCCUUGCUCGAUACGAACGGACUGCGAGCACCAUUCUCAAAAUUCAGUUUCCUCUACUAUAUGAAAUCUACGUUUCUUGGCAACACUGGUGCACUCGGAUCUAGGCCGGUAAGCAGCUCGAACAAUCGUGAGCGCAGAACUACAAUUAAACCUAACAUGGACCAACAACAGCUGACGAAAUAAAAUCGACUUCACACUUAUUCUACUAUGCAAUCAAAAGUGGACAGUCGAAUUCACUUCACUAAUUUAAAAUUACUAAUCUAAUUUCCAAAAUGAGAUUUUCACCAUCUCGUUUCGAUCAUCUUUCUUCAAUGUAGUAAUACAGCGUAGCUAUUCGAUCAUUCUCCGAAUGGCAUGACAUAACCGCGUUUCCAAGCGUUUCAAAUCUGAAAGUAACAGGAACAUCAUUUGUUAUAAUUUUUGUAUCUUUCUGCGACUUCACCAACUUGAGCUUGAGCUUGAGCUUGAGCUUGAUUGACCGCCCACGGUUGCUACUCUGUUACUGCCAGAUCAGCUGUAAUUACACAGAGAACCAAUAGACGAUGCUUGGGACUAGCAAUCAUCCUCAAUGUGUAAAAACUGGUGAUCUUAAAUUAGGCAAUACCAGCGCCGGCCGCGCCCGAACACAGGUCAAGAAAGGAAUGGGAAGGAUUGUGUUGACAUGACACUCGCUUUGAUGGAAGCCGAGAACACCUCUGCAUUUCCACGAGGAAUCACUGGGAUGUUGGAUAAGAGGGUUGGGUUUGCAGCAGGGUUCGUUUUGGUAAACGAUAAGCU